AUGGCAUCCACUUCAUCCAACCUCCAGAAAGCCAUAGACCUUGCCAGCAAGGCAGCACAGGAAGACAAAGCCGGGAACUAUGAGGAAGCCCUUCAGCUCUACCAACAUGCUGUGCAGUAUUUUCUCCAUGUAGUCAAAUAUGAAGCUCAAGGUGAUAAAGCGAAACAGAGCAUCAGGGCCAAGUGUACAGAGUAUCUUGACAGAGCCGAAACCCUAAAGGAGUAUCUGAAAAAGAAGGAGAAGAAACCACAGAAGCCAGUGAAGGAGGGGCAGCCAAGCCCAGCUGACGAGAAGGGGAACGACAGUGACGGGGAAGAAGAGUCUGAUGACCCUGAGAAAAAGAAGCGCCAGAACCAGCUUCAAGGGGCCAUUGUCAUCGAGCGACCAAAUGUGAAGUGGAGCGACGUUGCUGGUCUCGAAGGGGCCAAAGAAGCCCUGAAAGAGGCUGUGAUACUGCCUAUUAAGUUCCCACACCUUUUUACAGGCAAGAGAACGCCUUGGAGGGGCAUCCUGUUAUUUGGGCCUCCUGGAACAGGAAAAUCCUAUUUAGCCAAAGCUGUGGCAACAGAAGCCAACAACUCAACAUUUUUUUCAAUAUCUUCUUCGGACCUUGUAUCUAAGUGGCUAGGUGAAAGUGAAAAGCUUGUUAAGAACUUAUUCCAACUUGCCAGAGAGAACAAACCUUCCAUUAUCUUCAUUGAUGAAAUUGACUCUCUGUGUGGCUCAAGAAGUGAAAAUGAAAGUGAAGCCGCACGCAGAAUUAAGACAGAGUUCCUGGUUCAGAUGCAAGGGGUUGGUGUGGACAAUGAUGGAAUUUUGGUCCUGGGAGCUACCAAUAUACCCUGGGUUCUGGAUUCUGCCAUUAGGCGAAGGUUUGAGAAACGAAUUUAUAUUCCUUUGCCGGAGGCCCACGCACGAGCAGCAAUGUUUAAGCUGCACUUGGGAACCACUCAGAACAGCCUGACAGAGACAGAUUUCCGAGACCUGGGCAAGAAAACGGAUGGUUACUCAGGGGCAGAUAUAAGUGUCAUUGUGCGUGAUGCACUCAUGCAACCUGUGAGGAAGGUACAGUCAGCAACUCAUUUUAAAAAGUCGGAUAUGUUACGGUCGCUUUCUAACACAAAACCCACAGUAAAUGAACAUGAUUUGUUGAAAUUAAAGAAGUUUACAGAAGAUUUUGGCCAAGAAGGCUAA